GUGUGUUAUUGUUGAUAAAAACGUUCCUCUUCCCUACGGGUUACUACGAUGCGCCCCGCGCUACGAGAGCACGUCGUACGUCGUUCGUUCGGCUUGAUGAUAUUGGACUUUCUCAUUUAAAAUAGAACGCCAUCCCAUCGUUUUUGGGGGCGGUUGCGACCGACACACAGAACCGUACGGAUUCCCCCGCGACGACCGAAACGGCGACGGAAAGCAUCAAUCUUGCGGACUUUUGGGAGCAGCAGCACACGGCAAACGCGAACAACCCGCUGCUGACGGGGUGAGAAGUAGAAAUGUUGCGCUUUGAAUGAUUCUCUUCCUUCGCGCCAAGUUUAUCGAGUACAACUCGAGCAUUCAUUGAUAUGUGUUUGAGUGGACUACUAGAUCGUUCGAUACACUAGGUUUUAAAUAUCGUAGGACGGUUUAAAAAGCUGCUUAGUGUUAAACGGUUCUGAUCAAUCGAUUGACUAGCAUCGAUUCCGCAACCGAUCGAUUCAAGGAUACAGUGAGACAACGGUCCAACAUUUAACGAAAAACGGCAGCCCUCGAAGACACGGCGUCAACACGGGAACGGAAUGUCAGGAUGUUUUCCAGCAACGGACGGAUACUGAAGCGAUUGGUCGUGCUAGACUUUGAUCAUACGGUCUGCGAGCAUAAUACCGACAUCGUCGUGCGCGAUUUGCUCGGUCCCGAGGGCAUUCCGCCGGAUGUUCGCAGCAUACUUCGAUCGUGCGGCUGGAUACCGUACAUGCAGCGUGUCUUCCGGUUGCUGCACCAGGGCGGCUUCGGACCGAUGGACAUCGGCUCUGCCAUUCGGGGCAUCCCGGAGGUGCCGGGAAUGAAAGCCUGCAUUGCCAACCUGGUGCGCAGGGGGUUUCAUGUAAUCAUCAUAAGCGAUUCCAACUCGGAAUUCAUUCGCCUCUGGAACGAUUUCAACGACAUUGGACGGUAUAUACACACGGUAUUCACGAAUCCGGCACAGUUCGAUAGUAAUGGGCUGCUCGAGCUGCGACCGUACCAUCACCAGACGGAGUGUACGCUGAGCUCGAAAAAUCUGUGCAAAGGGAAAAUCCUAGAACAGUUCCUACGCCGCCAGCACGACGAAAGGAACGUUGAGUAUGAGAAAGUGUUCUACGCGGGCGAUGGCAAGAACGAUGUUUGCCCGAUGUUACGGCUUUCCAGCAAUGGGUUCGCCUGCGCAAGACGUGGUUAUGCGUGCUACGAUGCCUUGCAAAGUGCGAUCGGAAAGCUGGAACACAAGUACACUGCCAAGGUGCUACAGUGGACCGAUGGGUACGAGCUGAGCGACCUCAUUUGGACUGAACUCGAGAACUGAAGACAUACUUUUUUUUUUUGUAAAACGUUAGGUUUAUUACGAUUCUUUUCGUUCGCUCUAGUGCUAUUGCAUACGAAUUUGGGAUAGCUGUUGAAUUGCGUGUACGCGUGAUGGAAUAAAUUUGUUUACCUUUUCAAUUUGUAAAAAU